AUGAAGAGAGGAAGAAUAGCAAAGUUGGACACAUUUAUAUCAUUUAGCAAGCAACGAUCCAUUCAGAUUCUCAUCGCUAUUGCACUCUUAUACCUCAUCUUGAUCACCCUCGAAAUCCCCUUCGUCGUUAGAACCCAACAGCAACACCAACCACUCACUCAAACCCUACAACACCUUCACCGCCAAAACGCUGUCGUCUCCUCUUUGAUCCUAAACGACGCCGCUUUCGAUUCCAAGCUUUACAAAACCGCGUGCCGAGUGGGGAAAACCGUUUGGGAAGAGCUACAACUAGAAUCAGGGAACCCGCGAAGCGUGAUCACGAAACCCGAAAACCGAUCCGGGUCGUGCCCGCGAUCCUUUGCGUUAUCCGGGUCGGAGUUUCUGGGCCGCGGGAAUGUGGCGGUUAUUCCGUGUGGGCUCACGUUAGGGUCCCACAUAACGGUGGUUGGGAUACCGUUAACGAUGAAACGGAAAACGUGUCAGUUUGUGAUGGAGUUGCAGGGGUUGACGAUCGUGGAAGGGGAAGAACCACCUAGGAUAUUGCAUUUCAAUCCUAGGUUGAAAGGGGAUUGGAGUGGGAAACCCGUGAUUGAACUCAACACUUGUUACCGCAUGCAUUGGGGUUCUGCUUUGCGUUGUGAUGGUUGGAAAUCCAGGGCUGAUGAAGAUACUGUUGAUGGGUUGUUGAAGUGUGAGAAGUGGAUUUGGGGUGAUGAUGUGGAUAGGCAUGCAGGGGAGUCUAAUGCUGCGUGGUGGUUGAAGAGACUCAUUGGUCGAACAAAGCAAGUAACUGUUGAUUGGCCAUUCCCUUUUUCUGAGAACAAGCUAUUUGUUCUUACUCUGAGUGCUGGAUUGGAGGGUUAUCAUGUUAAUGUUGAUGGGAGGCAUGUAACUUCUUUUCCUUAUAGCACGGGGUUUACUCUUGAGGAUGCCACUGGUCUUACUUUGAGUGGGGACAUUGAUGUCCGUUCUGUAUUUGCCGCCUCUUUGCCUUCAGCGCAUCCUGGCAUUUCACCUCAGCAGCAUCUUGAAUUUUCAACAAGAUGGCGUGCUCCAGAGCUUCCUUACUCUGGCGUGGAAUUAUUUGUUGGCGUCCUUUCGGCUGGAAACCAUUUUGCUGAACGGAUGGCUCUGAGGAAGUCAUGGAUGCAGCAUAGCCUUGUCAAGUCUUUGAAAGUGGUGGCUCGUUUCUUCGUGGCACUGCACCAGAGGAAAGAAGUUAAUGUAGAGUUGAAGAAGGAAGCAGAAUAUUUUGGUGAUAUUGUUAUAGUUCCUUACAUGGAUAACUAUGACCUUGUUGUGUUGAAAACGGUGGCCAUAUGUGAAUACGGAGUUCGCACAGUUUCUGCAGGGUAUAUCAUGAAGGGUGACGAUGACACUUUUGUAAGAGUGGAUGCUAUUAUAAAUGAGGCAAGGAAUGUUCCAAUUUCUAGGAGUUUUUAUAUCGGGAACAUUAAUUAUCACCACAAACCCUUGCGCCAUGGUAAAUGGGCUGUUACAUAUGAGGAGUGGCCUGAAGAGGAUUACCCACCCUAUGCUAACGGACCGGGUUAUGUUUUGUCUUCUGAUAUUGCACGCUACAUUGUAUCUCAAUUUGAGAUGCACAAGUUAAGGUUGUUUAAGAUGGAAGAUGUGAGCAUGGGAAUGUGGGUGGAGCAAUUUAACCGAACGAAACCGGUAUACUAUAUGCACAGCUUCAAGUUCUGCCAAUUUGGUUGUGUAGAAGACUAUUAUACAGCCCAUUACCAAUCGCCUAGGCAGAUGAUGUGCUUGUGGGAUAAAUUCCAGACGCAGACAAGGCCUCAAUGUUGCAACAUGAGAUAA